AUGGCCAGCCAUAAGAUUGCCAUUAUACAGUUCUAUCCCAAGGCUUAUAAGCCAAAUGAACUAGAGUCCAAUCAUUGUCGGGCCAUAGGUUUCAUGCGCGAAGCUGCUGCCGCGGGAGCACAGCUGGCUGUCCUUCCAGAAUAUCAUCUUGGCGAUUUUGUCACCAGCCAUGAUUCAGUUGCUCGGCAACAAUGCGCAAAUUGGAAGAGAUACCUUGAUGCAUACUGCGCCUUAGCCAAGGAAUGCAACAUCUGCGUGGUGCCUGGCUCCUUCUCUGAACUCCACGACGACAAUACAGUAGUCAACGCCACUUAUUUUAUUGACAACGAUGGGGCUAUAUGCGGCAAAUACGAGAAGAAAAAUCUCUGGCAUCCCGAAAGACCUUUUGUCAAACCUUCCCAGAGGGAUACCAGGCAUACCGCAUUUGACACGCCCUUGGGCAAAGUCGGGAUGGUUAUCUGCUGGGACCUUGCAUUCCCGGAGGCUUUCCGGGAGCUUAUCAUACAGGGCGCCAAGAUGAUAAUUGUGCCUGCAUAUUGGAAAUAUACCGAUGCCUCGGAUAUCGGUAUGAAGAGAAAUCCUAAGUCCGAAGGAGUAUUCCUAGAUGCUGCGGUUGUUAGCCGGGCUUUCGAGAACACUUGUGCGGUAGUUUUUUGCAACGUGGCGGGGCCUGAAAAUGAAGGAUUUGCGGGACUUUCACAGGUGGCCUUGCCAUUUGUGGGCUGCAUUGAGCGAUUUGGUAACAGCGAAGAGGGUAUGAAGAUCGUCGAUGUGGACAUGAACAUUUUGGAGGAGGCAGAAAGCGUUUACAAGAUUCGGGAAGACAUUGCGACACCGGAAUGGCAUUAUGGUUAUCGUCAUUGA